UGCUACAACCCGGAAGUGGCUGUUCACGGGCUGGUUUGUGUUUUGAAAAAUGUUAGCAACAAACGUGUUUAUGUGAAUCGUUUUCAUGCAGUUUCUCAGCAGAUAUGCCCCGUUACUGCGCCGUGAAGGUGUGCAGAAACCGCGGGGGAACUACACCCAGACCACACAACAAGAGAAUCAGCUUCUACCCCUUUCCCUUACAAGACAAGACCAGGCUGCAGAAAUGGGUGGACAACAUGAAGCGGGAAGAAUGGGCCCCGAGUCGCCAUCAGUACCUGUGCAGCGAGCAUUUUACAGAGGACUGCUUCGAUAUCCGAUGGGGCAUCCGCUACCUGAAGAACACAGCCAUCCCGACUGAAUUUCCCUCCAGUGGGGAUGAUGCAGACAAAAAGGUUACCACCAUUAAAAGAAGCCCUAAGGCCAAACGCAAGACUUUAGAUAUUGACACUGAAACCAAAGGAUUUGACUUUCCUCUCAGCACUAAGCCACUCAUUUUGAGUAGAACAUGCAAAAAGGUCCAGUCAAAUACAACAAACGGCAUUGAAGCUGAGCACACUGGGAUGAUUUUUGAAUCGCCUCUGGUGUCGGACACUUUCAUCUCCUGUCCUUCAAACGAGACACAAACUGCUGCUGGUGAGUUACCAGGUGACAGUGGCAUGCCGAAAGCAUCGUGCCUCACACUGUCCCGAUGCGAUGAGCCUCAUCCUGAAGAGCAGGCUCCAUCCAUUGUGACUGUGUUGUGCUGCGAGUCACUGGGCCCUUUCUCAGAAGGAGAGGAACAUGUGGACGCAGCUGCCCUCCAAACCGCUCUGGGCCAGGCUUUUAGCUUCGUCCCUGUGGAAAUAGUCAUGGACCAAACCAACGCUUGCUUUUCAGAGGAGAGACCCAGCCUUUUCGAGCACAUUUCUGUUUACGAGCACUCGUACUGCAGGCCGGACACGGACAAGGAUCAGCUGUGGCAAAAGAUCUUGAGUUUGCAUGCAAAGAUCUUGGAAUUGGACGAAAGGGAAGUGAGCACCAUGGACAAGAUCAGUGCUCUGGAGACAGAGGUAGCCCUCCUGAAGAAAGACGGUGGCGUUUUUAAAGAGAAGCAGAACAUUUUAGAAGAUUAUAUCUCAUCCAUGCUGCUCUGAUGAGCAUGGGUUUCAAUUGUUACCAUUGAGCGACUUGCUGAUAUUUAAUGUUACACAUGCUCCCAUACAGGGGUGGAUUCAAACUAAGCACACAUACUCAAGUUUUGUACUCAAGCACCAUUUUUAAGGUACUUGUACUUUGAGUAUUUCCAUUUUCUGCUACUUUAUACUACCAUAAAAUAUAAAUAAAAGUAAUGCAUGAUGGGGAAUUCUUAUAGAUUUCCCCAUCAACAACUUCAACAUUAUUCUGCUGACAACAGAAUUCAUAAAUAACUAUAAUCCAUCAUUUUACUGUAUUGGUAAAAUAGAUCUAUUCCCUAAAACGGACAGUCCUUCAUAACGAGUGCUUUUACUUUUGGUACUUUAAGUAUACAUUGGUGCUAAUACUUUUUUACUUAAGUUGGACUUUAAAUGCAAUACUUGUACUUGCAUAAACUAUUUAUACAGUCAUAUCACUACUGCUUUUAAUACUAAUGGUCUCAUAACCAUAUUAGUUAUUUUUCACAGCAGACAUUUUGGCAUGUCACUGUAAUUAUAAAUACUGUAAUGUUAUUCAUAACAUCUGUUCUUUUUCCUGCUAUGAAAAGUCUAAAUGACUGCUGUAUAAUAGGCUUGUUGUAUAUUGUAUUCAGUUUUUGUCCACAUGGUGGCACUGUUUGACCAUCUUCACAGGGGGUGUAGAUGUAAUCUGAUUCCGCUGAUGCAUAUCUGAGAUCUGUUACAUGCUUACAGUUUGUACAUGAUUGUGUCUCAGUUUUUGAUCAAUACAUAAUCCUAAUUUAUUGACAAA